GAGAGUGAGGACCGCAGAAGCCGGGACGCGGGAGAUAAAGGGAAAUCCUCCAGGAAGAGGAGGAAGGACAAGGAGGAACCGGGGCCGAGCGAAGCCAAGCAACCCAAGGAGGAAGACUCCAAGUGGAAGUGGUGGGAAGAAGCCAACCACGAGGACGGCGUGAAAUGGAAAUUCCUGGAGCACAGGGGUCCCUAUUUUGCCCCUCCUUACGAGCCGCUUCCAGAGACUGUGCAGUUCUACUACGAUGGAAAACCCAUGAAGCUGAGUCUGGAGGCGGAGGAGGUCGCCACGUUUUACGGCAAAAUGCUGGACCACGAAUACACGACGAAGGAAGCGUUUCAGAAGAAUUUCUUCACGGACUGGAAGAUUCAAAUGACGAGCGAGGAGCGGAAGGUAAUUCAGCAUCUCCACAAGUGUGACUUCUCCGAGAUACACAAGUACUUUGUGGAUAAAAGUGAGGCUCGGAAGACGCUGCCCAAGGAAGAGAAAGAGAAAUUGAAGGAAGAAGCCAGCCGGCUGCAGGAGGAGUUCGGCUUUUGUACGCUGGACGGUCACCGGGAGAAAAUCGGAAACUUCAAAAUCGAGCCUCCGGGUCUGUUCCGGGGCCGCGGGGACCACCCCAAGAUGGGGAUGCUGAAAAAGAGGAUAAUGCCCGAGGACAUCAUCAUAAACUGCAGCAAAGAUUCGAAGAUCCCCGAGCCGCCUCCUGGUCACAGGUGGAAGGAAGUGCGAUGCGACAACACCGUCACCUGGCUGGCCAGCUGGACAGAGAACGUCCAGAACGGCAUCAAGUAUAUCAUGUUAAACCCCAGCUCCAAGCUCAAGGGCGAGAAGGAUUGGCAGAAGUAUGAGACGGCCCGACGCCUGAAGAACGUUGUGGGUCAGAUCCGCUCCCAGUACCGGGCCGACUGGAAGUCUCGAGAGAUGAAGAUGAGGCAGAGAGCGGUGGCGCUCUAUUUCAUCGAUAAGCUGGCCCUCCGAGCGGGCAACGAGAAGGAGGAAGGGGAGACGGCGGACACGGUGGGCUGCUGCUCCCUCCGUGUGGAGCACAUACAGCUGCACCCGGAGCUCGACGGACAGACAUACAUGGUGGAGUUCGACUUCCUGGGCAAGGACUCCAUCCGGUACUACAACAAGGUGCCGGUGGAGAAAGAGGUGUUUAAGAACUUGAAGCUCUUCAUGGAAAACAAGAGCCCAGAAGACGACCUCUUCGACAGGCUGAAUACCGUGAAGCUGAACAAACACCUGCAGGAUCUGAUGGACGGCUUAACGGCCAAAGUGUUCCGAACGUACAACGCCUCGAUCACGCUGCAGGACCAGCUGAAGGAGCUGACCAACGAUGAGGACAGCGUAGCCGCCAAAAUCCUGUCUUAUAAUCGUGCCAAUAGAGCUGUAGCGCUGCUGUGUAACCACCAGAGGGCGCUUCCCAAGACGUUUGAGAAGUCCAUGCAAAACCUCCAAGCCAAGAUUGAUGCCAAAGAGGAGCAGCUGAAAGAUGCAAAGAAGGGGUUAAAGAAAGCCAAACGCGAACAUAAAGACAGCCAGAGCAGCAAGUCCAAAAAGGACAUGGAGAAGAAGAAGAGUCUGUGUGACCGGCUGGAGGACCAGCUCAUGAAAUUAAAGCUACAGGCGACCGACAAAGAGGAGAACAAGCAGAUCGCUCUCGGCACGUCCAAGCUCAACUACCUGGACCCCAGGAUCACAGUCGCCUGGUGUAAAAAAUUUGGAGUGCCGAUAGAGAAGAUCUACAACAAGGCACAGAGGGAGAAGUUCGCCUGGGCCAUCGAUAUGACCAACGAGGACUUCGAAUUCUAAGCUUAACCACCACAGUAUUCGCUGCUAAAACACCAGCUACCUCCCGGCCCCCAACGGCCGGAACCGCACACCCGGCUGUGCCCGACGUUUACAUUCCUCCCAUUAAGUGCCCUUUGUAUUCCUUGUCUCACGUGAUCCACGACUCCAAAUGCCUGUAAUUUGUACAAACGGAAAGCUAUUAAGGACGGGUGGGUGAGCUGUCUGUCUGGACAGGUCUUUAAAUAUUAUCCAGGGUUUUUACAUAAUUAUGAGCAUUCUUCUUGGAACUCCAUCGGUUACUGAUGCAAAUCAGUUUGUCUGUUGGUGAUCAUUGUGUUGUCGGUAGCCGGUAAGCCGCUACGUUUUUCCAUCUCCUCUGAUCCUCCUCUAACAGUUUUUGCUCCUUAUCAGCUAGACGUAACUUUCUUCAGUCUCCGUCUGUUUAUGAUAAAAUCACAUC